AUGGCGGAGCCGGCAUUCUCCGUCGGCUCUUUCGCUACGCUCCCCACCCCCUCCAGUUUCGUUACUUGUGCGGCAGCCUCAUCCAAGUUCGUCCUACUCGGCCUUUCGAACGGCACACUCACCCUGUACGACGUCUUUGGCAACCUCCUCGACUCAUACGAAGCGCUUCACGUUGGCUCCGUAUCUGCCGUCGCCCUUUGCGAUGAAGUUAUUGCCUCAGUAGGCUCUGCGCGUAAUGACAUACGCGUCGCUCGCUUGUUCACUGGGGCGGGGCUCGUAGUAGGGAAUGACCUCUCUGGCACGGGUAUGCUCACAAAGGCAACGGUUUCUUUUGUGAAGAAUGCCGCACAUCCAGUACUUGCGCUUGCCAUUGACCCGAACUUUGGGAAGCCAAGGUAUGGAUAUCGGGUUGCGUACGCGGAGCAGGGAGGACGUGUUUGUAUUCAUACUUCUGGAUGGUUUGGAGGCUCGGAUUACACUGUAGAGGAGCCGUCUGCUAUGUUGGUUACAGACCUUAAAUGGAUGCAAAAUAUGUUGGUAGUUGCUGGGAAAGACGCAGUCAAGGUUCACGAUACCAGGGCAAAUCGCGCCAUCUGUGUCAUCGCUGGACCAGGCUCCACAGCUCCGGCAUCACCCGCCACUGUGGGGAAACCUAGCACAUGGGCUGGUGAUCACAGCGGGGGCUUCAGAAGCAAAGGAAGAAGCGCUGUUGGUCAACAGCGAGAAGGAGCAGAAGCAAGACCCACGACACUCCCCUCUAGCACGCAAGCUGCUCGCGCAAAAGCAAACUCAGCGCAAACAAUCAUUCAAAAAGAAGCAGAGGGUGACCGUCGCACUGUCCAGGAAGGGAGGUGGAUUCCAAAGACAAAGGUCUACAUGGAGACAAAUGAUGAUAUUGCACUCUCGCCCCAUGGCGAGGCAACCGUUUCGGUGUAUAUCACCUGGCCAUCAGGAUCGCGGAUUGUUCAGAUUGGUCCUCUCAAAGAAGUCGAACCCCCUGAACAAGCGCCACAGCGCGAGAUCGAGAUUACCUGCAGACUUGAGAGAGCUGAACUCUCCUUCGCGGACUCCCAAUCUGAGAACAUCACUAAAGACGAUAUCGAUAUUACAUCCAUUGAAGGGCCCCAUGAAGGGCCACUACUUUCGUUUGUCCCUUUCGGUGAUGGAGAUGCUGCUGCCCUGGUGGGAACACGUUCACAUGAGCUGGUUUUACAUCUUAUCUCUACAUCUGAAGGCAAGAGCGUGAAGAGUAUGCAUAUGCCAUAUCAUGGUUUGUGGGAUGCUGAUUUGCUCACCGUGCCGGGAGGUGAUCCACUGGUUUUGAUAGUUGGUCAUUGGCCAUCUGCGACGUUGCGAGUCGAAAAAGAUGAAGGAAACGCCGAAGAAGUGGGCGGUGUUGUUUACGUAAGAUCUCUGACAACUGCGGAGCGUGUCAAGUGGCUUUUGGGUCAAGGGCGAUUUUCCGAUGCCCUGCACACAGCGCAGUCCGCACCGGGCGGCAGUUUAAGGCGGGCAGAGGUGUCGUUAGAGGAUGUCGGGGAGCAGUUUUUGGAGUCUUUGCAUGAAUCUGGUGACUACAAGAAGCUAGCCUCUGUCCUGCCUGAGACAAUCACAAUGACUGCGCCAUACGUUGGGUUUCGCGCUCGUGAAAGAGUUAUGGCGAAGCGGGUGAGAAGAUGGAAGCGGUGGAUCAGCAUCUUUUGGGAAAACGGACAUCUAGGAACAGUAGCUCCAGUAAUUCCAACAUACGAACCCUGUUUACCGGAACAAAGUUACAACGAUAUUCUUGUGGAAUUAGCAGGGACAAAUUCGAUCGUGAUGCUUGAGGUUCUGAAGACAUGGCCAGCGGAUGUGUUUGGAGUCUCAGCCGUGACGAAAGCAAUUGAGGAGCGACUCGCAAUUACGGGGGAAGGAGUACAAAAUUCCACGGAAAGAGAGCCUCUGCGGGAAGGACUACUCAUGAUGUAUGGCCUCUCCGGGAGACAUGACGAAACUCUAAAUUUGCUGCUUCGCGAAAAGUCGCCCCAGGUGUAUGACUACAUUCGUUCGCAUCAUCUAUAUGAGGCAGUACGAUCCCGAGAUACGAUUUCUGGUCUUUACAUGAUUGACUCAGAUGCAGCAACAGAUAUCCUUUCACAUGCUCCCGAAACUGUACUUCCUCCGGGAGCUGUCGUACCGAUACUAUUGACGAUAGACAAUCCCACGUGGACCUUUAUGUACCUGCAUGCCAUGUUCCGUAUUGAUGCAGACCAAGCCCCGCAAUAUCACAACCAGCUCCUAAAGCUCUAUGUUGAUCAUGGGAGCAGUGGCAUGUUGUUUAAUUUCCUGCGAACGAGCAAGCACUACACCUUAGACCGCGCGUUGCGAGAAAUGGGUGGUCCGAAGGGCUUCAAAAAAGGACAACUUGCCAAUGAAAGAGUCUUUGUGUUGUCAGGGAUGGGAGACUUGAACUCAGCUAUGGACAUUCUCCUUGAUGAACUUGGGGAUACGCACGUUGCAAUAGAGUUCGCCUCAGAUCACGGAGACAAGCUUUUGUGGGAACGUCUCAUAGAUCACGCACGGACGCACGCAGACACCUUGGCUGCUCUUCUUGAUAGCCCUGCAGGCGGGAAAGUGGAUCCUGUACGUCUUGUGCCUUUACUAACAGCAGAUAUGAAAAUCCCACAUUUGAGGGAUCGCCUUCAUCGCAUCUUGGUGGACGCAGCACUAGAACGUGCACUGCGGGAAGAUGCGGCAGCAGCGCUUCAUCAUGACGCCAGCGUACUCUUGAAUGAGUUGGACGAAUGCAUCUCUGUAAUGCCCUAG